AUGAACUUAAUCGCAAUAAUCCUAAUCAUUACAACAAUUCUAUCCUGCAUUCUAGCAAUAGUAGCCUUUUGACUUCCCCAAAUAGUUCCGGACUCAGAAAAGCUCUCACCAUAUGAAUGUGGGUUUGACCCACUAGGAUCCGCACGCUUGCCCUUUUCUCUACGCUUCUUCCUAAUUGCCAUCUUAUUCCUCCUGUUUGACCUAGAAAUUGCCCUCCUCCUUCCACUUCCAUGAAGUGACCAACUAACCUCCCCCACCACAACCCUCAUCUGAGCCACUGUAAUUCUAAUACUCCUAACUCUAGGCCUAAUUUAUGAAUGACUUCAAGGCGGCCUCGAAUGAGCUGAAU